CAGGGAUAGAGAGAAUGAGAGAUUUCCCAGGCUACUGACCUGUUCCUGAGCAGCAAAAAGGUGGUGGUGGUUGAAGGGUGUGUGUGCGUGCGUGUCAAGUCCAGCUGUAGCAGUAGCUUCUUAAUGGCCCCUUACCUCUCUCACCUCACGCCAGUGACAGAGCCCUAACCAGAAUCUUGUUGUGUUAGGGUAUGUGGAAAAAUCAGUGGGGGCCCGUCCAAGAAAUAGGUCUGGGUGGAGAUGCAUGCUGGAUGGUGCCUGCCCUUCUCUGCCCCUUUCAAAUGUUCCUAACACUCAAGACAGCUUCUUCUGCAAGCCAGCAUCGUCUGACUAGACUUGGCUGAGGCCCAAGGAGUUGAUGGAAGGAACGCCAUGAGGUGGUAUUUCUCAGAGGCAACAGGGAGGGAGUGGGGAGCCUGAUAUUGCCUCAGAGACCCAAAGAGCCAUGACGUCGACAGUACAGACACUGCGUUUUCCACUGCUGCCACACAUGCCAGGGCAGGACCAGACAUACAGUUGUGAACAGGAGAUUGAACGGCGCUACCAAGUGGUGCCCUCUGUAGUGUGUGCCAUGUGCUGUCUCUUCGGGAUCAUCUAUUGCUUCUUUGGGUACCGAUGCUUCAAGGCAGUCAUGUUCCUGACGGGGCUGAUGUUUGGCUCCGUGAUCAUCUUCAUGCUGUGCUACAAGGAGCGGGUGCUGGACACUCAGCUCAGUGUUGAGGCCUCCGUGGGCAUCGGCCUGGGCAUUGGGGUGCUUUGUGGCCUGGUCACCAUGCUGGUGCGCAGUGUCGGGCUCUUCAUGGUUGGGCUGCUGUUGGGGCUGCUGCUGGCAGUGGCCACACUGGUGGUGAUGGAGCAGUUCUACCACCCUCCGACGGUCUGGAUCCCCAUUGGCUUGCUGCUGGGUGUCGGCAUGCUCUGUGCUGUUCUAACCCUGCAGUGGCAGCGCCUCUUCACCACUCUUUCCACUGCUGUCUUUGGCAGUGCUGUGAUGACUGCCACAGCUGACUACUUUGUUGAGCUCUUUCUGCUACUGCAGUAUGUUUAUGAGCGUGUCAAGGUGGCACCUGCCCGGCCCAUCUGCUGGUACAGCUGGGUCAUCCUGGGUACUUGGCCCAUUCUAGCAUUGUUGGGUGUCCUGGUGCAAUGGAAGGUCACGGCUGAGGGAUAUUCACACACCGAAGUGAUUAUCAGUCGGCAGCAGCGCCGUGUUCAGCUAAUGCGAAUCAAGCAACGGGAAGAGCGUAAGGAGAAGAAGAAAAAGAGGCGGCCACAUCCUCACCCUCACGUGCAACACAAGGCCCAUCCACCAGAGCCUGCCUACCGUCGCAAGCCUAACCCUGUGCGCCGAUUUGAUGGGGAUGUGCUCUCCCCAAGCUACAUACAGAGCUUUCGGGAGCGGCAGACGGGCUCUUCCCUCAACAGCCUCUUGGCCAACACUCAUGCAGCCAUCGACAUAGACUAUGACUGUGGCUCCACGGUGCCCCUGACAACAGGCUCCGGCCCUGCCAUGAGGGUAUAGCUUGGCACUGAGCACGAGGAUGCUGUCCACCGUGGUCCCAUGGGUCAGUCUGCGUGGAUAUACCUUAGUGUCUAUGUCACCAUCAAGACUUGCAGAUACUCUUCACUGACAUUCGUGGGCCUGGUCAAGAUGUGCAGAUGUAGUCCAGCACCUCUCAAGCUGCAAAUAUUUGCAGAAUACUCCCCAGCACUACAUUGACUCUGACUAAGCCACCAUGGGAAGAUGGGGCGAGGGAAGAGCGUGAGCAGGUGCUUGGGGCAAAGGGCUGAAGAGAGACCUGGUUGCAACCUAUGCAGGCCGGGAAGUGAACAAUGCAGGAGUUUUCGGAGAAAGGAUCAGUAUUGUCCUGUGAGGCUAGAGAAGCAUUUCCUGAUCGCCUGCAGCCACCGCCAUGGACAAAAACGAACCUGUCAAUGUUCCCACCCACCACUGUGGAGUGGCCCAUAAAUGGAGGAACCGCAGGGUGUUUCUGUGUUGUCUUGCCACAUGAUGGACCCACUCCGUGUCCUGGAGUUUGUCUUUGCAUGAACUGUUUCCGAGGACUCUCUCAGAGGCACCAGUGCCCACUGCGUGCUGACAGUGGCAGGAUUUGACUCAGUUCGCUCUUGUCUGGCUGGAAAGAGUCAGCUCAGGGAAAUGGGGUCCCCUUGGCCCUUGGCCCGUACCAGUGCCUGGCUUUCUGUUUAAAUGGGCAACUCAAGCAGGGAGGGGAGGAGGGUGGGGGUUAGUACCAGGGCUGGGCUGCGUCACUGUCAAAGUGUGCAAGUGUGAAUGUGAGUGUGGUGGAGCUGGAGCACGUAUGGGCAUUUGGCUGGUAUUCAGGCAUUGAGCCUUUUUGAGGCCCCCCCUUCCUUUCUCACUGCCCCCUCCCCCUGCUCCUUAUUCCGGGGUGAGGGUGGGAUAUUGAGGGGCUGGGGGAAGGCAGGGGAAUACCCAUGUACAUAGUCUUGUUGCAGUUAUUUGUAUUAAUUUAUUCUUUAUAAAAAGCUGGGCCAGAAGAGCUGUGCUAGGCCCAAAGGGAGCCUCAGAAGGAUGGACAGAGAGGGAGGAAGAGAGAUUCCUACAGCCUUCGUCUCUUCCCUGGCAGGCCUAUCGCUGUUCUUAACCAUUCUUCCACCUGUUUUUACAAAGCUGAGGGAGUGGGGUGGCUGUUUUCCACUCCACAAGAGUCUUAACAAAGUUUAGCAGCUCUUAUGAUUGUGGUUUGUCCACUGGUGAUCCCUAUGGGGGCUGGUGGGAGCUUUCACUGGUUGUCUAUUCCAGAGGGGAGGAUCCAGCACCGUUCAGCAGGGCCUCUCCUUUAUGGAGAAACUGCAUGUUUCUGUCACCAAUUGCCAUUGUUAUCACCACAGAAAGCUUGCACUCUUGUUUUUCCUUGUUUUCUCUCUCUGCAAUCUCUCUCUCUCUCUCUCUCUCUCUCUCUCUCU